CAUCAACUCACACUUUUCUCACAUCCAACAGAAAAACACAAAAGCAACUAAGUUUCCCUAUUUUCUUAUCACACAGAAAAAGGAAGAGGAAAAGAAAAGACAAUGGCUUCGACACUGAGGUUCUUAACAUGCCUUGUGACGGUGUGCAUAGUUGCAUCAGUAGGUGCACCAAUCUCAUGUGGCACAGUGGUACAAAGCAUGAGUCCUUGUAUCACAUACCUAUCGGGACGUAUGGAUUUGACGGCUGCAUGUUGUGGGGGAGUCAGAGAUUUGAAUGCUAUUGCUCAAACCACACCGGACCGUCAACAAACAUGCAAAUGCCUACAGGCCGUUGCUAAGAAGAUUCCUGGUUUCAACCAAACUAGAGCCUCUGACCUUCCUGGAAAGUGUCGUGUUAGCUUUCCCUUUCCCAUCUCCAUAAGUACUAACUGCGACAACGUCCAUCAUGAGGAUGAAGAGUAUAUGGUCUACGUACAAUAAGUAUAAUGAAAAGGUCUACGUACGCUGACCUCAGCAGUCAGCAUGCCCCUACAUUGUCUUGUUUUUAUCUUGUUGAAAAGUUUGUCAUGUUUCUUUUUUGUCACCAAAAAAAAAAGUUUGUCAUGUUACUUUGUAAUAUUUUGCUCUAGAUUGCAUCGUAAUUAUGUUUAAGAUAUGGUAAUUGUACCUUUAAUCAUUUCUCCAACGCCCUUAUUAAUCAUCUUCUCUUUAUAUCAACGACAAUUUCAACUA